AUGGAGACAAUGGACAUAAGGCUGACCCUGAAGCACCCCGUGAAGAUCAUACCAUGGCGGAAUAACAAUUUCAGCAUUGUGGAAAAGGAGGAUCCUCUUUCUGAGCAGGCAGAGAUCUGCGUUGGAGUCUAUCUGCUGGUAUUAGGUCUGCUCUCUUGGAUUGGAAACAGUGUCGUGAUGUUGGUCCUUUACAGACACAGACUCGUCCUUCAGCCUACAGAUCUGCUGACGUUAAACCUCGCCAUCUCUGAUGUGGGCAUCGCCAUGUUUGGAUACUCAAGAGGGAUCACGGAAAUAUUCAACCUUUUUAGAGAUGAAGGAUACGUCAUCAAAUGGAUCUGGACCUGCCAGGUGAAUGGUUUUCUAACCCUGCUCUUCGGUCUGGCCAGUAUGAACACCCUCACCGUCAUCAGCAUCACCAGAUACAUUAAAGGAUGCCACGCAAAUAAAGCGCACUGUAUAAGCAGAAGCACGAUCUCCAUAUCCAUCAUCUGUAUCUGGACGGGAGCGCUCUUCUGGUCUAUGGUCCCUCUUCUAGGCUGGGGAAGUUACACAGACCGUGGCUAUGGCACAUGUGAGGUGGACUGGUCCAAAGCCAACUACUCCACCAUAUACAAAUCCUUCACCAUCUCUGUCCUCACCUCAUGCUUCGUCAUCCCUGUGCUGAUCAUGCUCUUCUCCUACGCCUCCGUCAUAAACACGGUGAAGAGCAGGAACACCAUGUCAGCGGACGGCUACUUCUCUGAAAGGCAGAGGAAAGUGGAGAGAGAUGUGACCAGGGUGUCUCUAGCAAUCUGCACAGCCUUCAUGCUGGCCUGGUCUCCCUAUGCGGUUGUGUCCAUGCGGUCUGCCUGGGGCUUACCCGUUCCUAGCACCACCAGCAUCUCCGCCCGUCUCUUGGCUAAGUCCGCCUGCUUCUGCAACCCGAUCAUAUACCUCGUCAUGAGCCCCAAGUUCCGCAAGGACGUUGCGGCCCUGGUGCCUUGCUUACGCGAGACCAGAGAGGUGGUGCGUCUCCAGCAAUUCAAACCAAUCAAACGCAGGUCUGAGUCGGCACCUGCCGGCCCCCACCAGCGAGACCUAAACCAAACCAAGCUGGAGCUCCUGGUGGACGACAGAGACUCUGGGGUCAACAGCCCCCUCCACACUCCGCCCCUAGUCAGCAAAGAGGUCUUCCACAUCUCCCUUCAAAAUCCGAGCAAAGCUUCUGGACUGCCAGAGUUUGAAAGCGACAGACUUUAA